UUUUUCCGCAGCUUGUAGAAUUUGCGAACUAUGGGAGACGCUAGGGACAACGAAGCCUAUGAGGAGGAGCUCCUAGAUUAUGAAGAAGAGGACGAGAAGGCCCCAGAUUCUGGAGUUAAAGUCAACGGCGAAGCCGUGAAGAAAGGUUACGUGGGAAUACACAGUUCUGGAUUCAGAGACUUCCUUUUGAAACCGGAGCUUCUCCGAGCUAUUUGCAACAUGAAUGUAUCCCUCAAGCUAUCUUGGGCAUGGAUGUUAUCUGCCAAGCAAAAUCCGAUUGAACCAUCUCCAGGCCAGGUUUCUGCACUUGUCCUGUGCCAUACAAGAGAGUUAGCUUACCAGAUCUGCAAUGAGUUCGUGCGAUUCAGUACCUAUCUGCCUGAUACAAAGGUUUCGGUGUUCUAUGGAGGAGUCAGCGUUAACAUUCACAAAGACUUGCUGAAGAAUGAGUGUCCUCACAUUGUUGUUGGUACACCUGGUCGGGUGCUUGGACUUGCCAGGGAGAAACAUCUCUCCUUGAAGAAUGUGAGGCACUUUAUUCUUGACGAGUGUGACAAAAUGCUCGAGUCACUUGACAUGCGGAGAGAUGUACAAGAGAUCUUUAAGAUGACUCCCCAUGACAAACAAGUUAUGAUGUUCUCAGCAACGCUCAGCAAAGAGAUACGCCCAGUCUGCAAGAAGUUUAUGCAAGAUGUAAUGUCCCACGGCCAAUUCUAUCUCGAUUUAUUUGAGCACCUUCUGGCCCCGGAAACAUGCCAUUUGAUCUCGGGAUGCAUGGUUUCAGUCCAUGCUGGGUGGGUUUUGAAUCGGGGCGUAGUCAGGUCUCAAGGUUUCAUCAUCACUCUGUUCCGAGCAAUAUUGAUCUUUGAGGAUGCAAACGUGGUGGACGAGGAUCUCAGUUUGGGGCCAAUGGAAAUAUAUGUUGAUGAUGAAGCCAAAUUGACUCUUCACGGGCUUGUCCAGCACUACAUCAAACUGAGCGAGACGGAGAAGAACCGCAAGCUGAAUGACCUUCUUGACGCAUUGGACUUCAAUCAAGUGGUCAUCUUUGUGAAGAGCGUGAGCAGGGCGAAGGAGCUGAACAAGUUGCUUGUUGAAUGCAAUUUUCCCUCGAUCUGCAUUCACUCUGGCAUGACUCAGGAAGAGAGGUUGACUCACUACAAAAGUUUCAAGGAAGGGCACAAGAGAAUUCUUGUGGCGACAGACUUGGUAGGAAGAGGCAUUGACAUUGAGCGUGUCAACAUUGUUAUCAACUACGACAUGCCAGAUUCUGCUGACACAUAUCUCCACAGGGUCGGGAGAGCUGGUAGGUUUGGUACAAAGGGUCUAGCAAUCACAUUUGUCGCCUCAGCUUCAGAUUCUGAAGUUCUAAAUCAGGUGCAAGCGAGGUUUGAAGUUGAUAUCAAAGCACUUCCUGAGCAAAUUGAUACUUCCACAUACAGUAAGUGUUAAUCCUUGUUCCACUUUAGCUGCCUGCGCAAAAGCUACAUUUUGUCUGGUUCUGACACCCCUUGUUUUGAUAUUUAGACCGUUUGUAACCUUUUUAAGAAGACAAAGAAACAGAGAGAGAUUCCUAGAUUGCACUUGUCUUGAACUGGUCAGGUUUGUGUACAAGCAAAUACGAUGCUCUUUUAUGUCAGGAUUCAGUCUUUGACUUGUGUUAUAUUGUUGUUAUAUUUAGUUUUCAUUU